AGCGGAGACAACAUGGCAGACGACGGGCUUUUGGUCAACUUUGACAUCCCGACAGACGCCUUCACAAUCAACCACACCACUUUCAAAGGUGGUCACUGGAAAGAUAGACUAACGGCGAAGAAGGCCGCGGCGUAUGGACGGCAAAAAGCUGCUGGAAUCGUCAACUUCCAAGCAUCAGAUCGUGGAGAAAGCGACUUGCGGCCAGCAAAGCGACAAAAGCAAUCCGAAGGAAACCACGUAGCUUCAAAUUCGCUCAAGAGAGAGGUCAUCUCAUCACUCUUUACAUACAAUCCUGUCUCUUCAACCAAGCCUGUCGAAAAGCCUUCAAACGGAGAAGAAGUACCGAUAGAGCCAUCAAAUGCUCCGGAGGCGGACGUCUUGUCCUCUUUCACGGGCCUGGGUCUUUCCACUACGCUCGCUAGCCAUCUUCAGAGAAAGCUCAAUAUCAAGGCGCCCACUGCCAUCCAACGUAAGGCGAUACAGCAACUAUGCGCAGACGACACGGAUGCUUUCUUACAGGCCGAGACCGGCUCCGGAAAGACCUUGGCGUACCUUUUGCCCAUUGUAAACCGCAUCAUGCAAAUCUCGAAGCAGAUGAAAGCAGCCGGCCAGAAUUUCACCCGAGAGAGUGGCUUAUUUGCAAUCAUCCUGGCGCCGACUCGAGAGCUCAGCAAGCAAAUCAGCACAGUUCUAGAGAGCCUGCUGUCAUGCUGCCCAUGGGUCAUUACUAGCACGGUCAUUGGUGGUGAGAAGAAGAAGUCCGAGAAGGCUCGGUUACGAAAAGGUCUCAAUAUCCUCGUUGCCACUCCCGGCAGGCUUGCGGACCACGUCAACAGCACUGACGUGCUGGAUUUGGGCAAGGUGCGCUGGCUUGUUCUCGACGAGGGUGACCGGUUAAUGGAGCUAGGCUUCGAGAAAGACCUUCAAAGGAUCAUUGGCGCUCUCAAUAUGCGAGCUCGCAAAGCCCUCGAGCCACCAAUUGCGGGCUUGCCCGAAAAGCGAACCACAGUGCUCUGCUCGGCCACGCUGAAGGCGGACGUUGAGCAGCUGCAAUCAAUUGCACUCAAGCAGCCAGUGUCGAUUGCAGUGGGUGCUGAUGAAGCUGCCGGCAAUACCGAUGUAGCAUCACAAGUCCAGGCGUUCUCUGCGCCAGCCCAGCUCAGACAGGGCUAUGCUAUCGUGCCCGCAAAGCAGCGCCUUGUCACUCUAGUCGCCCUACUCAAGCAAACGUUCAAGCGGAAAGGAUCUGUCAUGAAAAGCAUUGUUUUCAUCGAUGCAGCUGACAGUGUGGACUUCCACUUCGAGGUUCUGACUCGCGGCGCCUCGCAGCCGACUCUAAGCGAGAACGUGGCGAACCCAGCAGUGAAUACUAAAGGAUCAGAAUUUCGAAACACGAAACCGAGUAUACCUCAGGGCCAGACCAUCGCUGAAAGUCACACGGAGGGUCGAGGCACCUUCUCUGGCAAAGACAAUGAAGUUAGAGUAUUCCGUCUACACGGCUCGCUUCACCAAGCGACCAGGACCAGCACGCUCAAAGCAUUCAGCGACUGCGCUCAGCCUGCAGUGUUGAUGGCUACGGAUGUCUUCUCCCGAGGCCUUGAUGUGCCCAAUAUCGACUUGGUAAUUGAGUACGAUCCGCCCGCCAGCAAAGAUGACCAUCUCCACCGAAUCGGCCGUACAGCACGUGCCGGCAAGGAUGGUAGGGCCAUGGUGUUCUUGACGCCAGGCUGCGAGGAAGGGUACAUCAACAUUCUCAAGGAAGGCCGACCGAGGACACUGACUCGGCAUGAAGCGGACGAGCUGCUGAAGAAGGGCUUCUCGCCGGCUACUGGCAUUGUCUCGGCCAAAAGCUGGGCAGAGGCAGCAACCGAGUGGCAGCUGGACGUUGAACGGUGGGCGCUUGAGCAUCCUAAACACCUCGAGCAAGCUCGCCGAGCGUACCAAAGCCAUGUAAGAGCGUACGCUACGCAUGUGUCUGCGGAGCGAGGUAUCUUCGACAUGCAACAGCUUCACCUCGGUCACCUCGCCAAGGCGUUCGCGCUGCGGGACAAGCCAGCAAAUAUAGGUGUGCCUGGACAAAGGCCGGGCAAAUCGACCACUAAGGCGCGACCGAGGGCUGCAAGUGCUACUGUCAAGCGUUCAAGGACAGAUGAUGACGCGGAUACCGGUGCAGCUGUGGACGAGGCGGACGCCAAGCGUAAGAUGCGGGAGAAGAUGAGAGCGAUGGGCGGAGUCUCAGAGUUCAACCUUGGAUAAGCGUUGACUCUCAGUAAAUAUCCCAGAGCGACACUUUGCCAUCUUUGCUUCCGGCCGCGAGCCAGUGCGUGUCUUUCGCUCUCUGUACUCUGUGCUCUGAUACAGUAAGUCCUCGCUUGGUAACCGGGUCGUCGUCGGCGGCCGGUUCGUUGGAGUAGUCGUGAACAGUUGCAAAAGCCAGUCCGUAGCAUCCCUCCUUGUGCCAUUUCAACACCGCGAGCUCCUUCAUUGUCUUGGUCGAGUAGACGCGCACGCGGCCAUCCCAGCCAGCCGUGGCGAAGAUUCUUUCAUCCGAACGAACGGAUAUAGAUUGCUGGCCGGAAUGCUUGGUUUGAAUAGUUUGCGUCUGUCCAGUGCCUGAUGCGAACGAGUGGCGAGCAAUGAUGGCAUCUGCCGAGGAAGUGAAGAAGCACCCGAGGUCGGGUGCAACCGCUUGUGAGAGGACGGGCUGAGUGUGUGCUUUGUGACCGUACA